UUUACGGUGUUCAUUGUCCCUAGUUCAACUUAUGAAAUUUGGUCCCCACUUGUUGAAGAGCCAAGCUUGAUCUUGAUACUUUUUUUGACGGUGUUCAUUGUCCCUAGUUGAACUACCAUAUAUAGAAGUAUCAAUACUCAAUAGUAUCUCAUCCUCCACCAACAUAUCCAUUCUAGCAAAGUUUUGCUUUGUCCAAAGUUUCAAAAAUGGACGCACAAAAGCUCCUCUUCACUGUUCUCUGCUUUUUCCUCUUAUUCCUUCUCUCAGGGGAACCAGUCGUACAAGCACGUUUAGCUCAUCACCACCACCACCGUCUCUUUAAUUUUCGUCCAUCAAAGCUCUUUGUCUUUGGAGAUUCAUAUGCUGACACUGGUAACAACAAGAAAUCUGAAGCUAACUCUUGGAAAUACCCUUAUGGAAUCACUUUUCCUGGAAAACCAGCUGGUCGUUACUCAGAUGGCCGUGUCCUCACCGAUUUCCUUGCUAAGUUCAUAGGUUUGAAGUCUCCAAUUCCAUACAGAUUGAGGGAAUAUGGGGUCAAUGACUUGAAAUAUGGCAUGAACUUUGCUUUUGGAGGCACUGGUGUGUUCAAUACGUUGGUUUCAGACCCAAACAUGACCACCCAGAUUGAUUUCUUCCAUGAACUCAUCAAAACUAAUGCGUUUAACGCUACGGACGUAGAGUCCUCUGUGGCACUCGUCACCUUAUCUGGUAAUGAUUAUAGUGCUUACGAGGUCAAGAAUGGGACUGCUCAGGGUUUUCCAUCCUUCAUUACCUCAGUAGUCAAGCAACUUAAAGUCAACUUGAAACGCAUUCAUGGCUUGGGUGUAAAGAAAAUUGCUGUGACAGCUUUACAGCCUUUGGGAUGUCUCCCUAGGAGCACAAUCAAAUCCUCAUUCCAACAAUGCAAUGGAACAGAAAACUCACUUGUUAGCUUCCAUAACCUUUUGUUGCAGCAAGCUGUGGCAAAGCUGAACAACGAAACCAAAGUUUCUACUUUCGUCAUUCUCAAUCUUUAUGACUCGUUCAUGUCCGUAUUAAAGAACAAAGGAGACCAGACAGUGGCAAAGGAGAUGCGAGUGUUGCUUCUCGCUCUUGUCCUGAUGUCAGUGAAGGGUCAGACAGAGAUGAAGUGGGGGUUGCUGGUAUGGAUUUGGAGGUUGAGAGGGGCUCAAAAGCCCACUUUUCAAAAUUACAUUCAUGAUCAGCUUAUUCAGAAACAUGAUCCUGCCAUAUUUGUUAUUAUGGAGACAAAAUUGGGAGGCAGCAGAGCAAAGGAGAUUACGGAGAGGUUGCCUUAUGAUGGAGCUAUCCAUACAGAAACUAUCGGUCUCUCAGGAGGUCUAUGGUUGCUGUGGAAUGAUGAUAAAGUGGUGGAGGAACUAGCUAAGACAGAGCAGGAAAUUCAUGUCGAAGUAAAGGAAGUACUAAGUUUGAGAACCCACUGAAACCAUGUUGUGGUGGUAUAAGCAGUGAAUAUUACUGUGGAAGUUUAGAUGUGAAUGGAACCAAGAAAUACACAGUAUGUGAUGACCCCGAAUCAGCAUUCUUUUGGGACUCAGUUCAUCCUACACAACAAGGAUGGAG